AUGCUCGACAUCAACGACUUUAUCACAGAGCGCGGCGGUGACCCAGAGAAGAUCCGCGAGUCCCAGCGCAAGCGCCAUGCGCCCGUCGAGAUUGUAGACGAGGUCAUCGAGCUGUUCGAGGACCACCGCAGGACACAAUAUGCCGCCACGCAGAUCGGCUCGCAAAUAAACGGGCUGCAGAAGCAGGUCGGGCAGAAGAAGAAGGCCAAGGAGAGUGCCGAUGACCUUCUCGCGGAGAUGGCGCAGCUGAAGCAGCAGAAGUCGGCCAAGGAGGACGAGGCUGCGGCGAAGCUGGUCAAGCUCAACACCAAGGCCAAGUCGGUCGGCAACUACGUGCACAAGGACGUCCCUGUGUCGGGCACCGAGGACGACAACGCUGUCGUCAAGACAUGGGCGCCCGAGGACAGGAAGGCUGUGUUCAAGGAGAACGCCAUUCCCCACCACGGCGUCCUCACAAGACUGAACGGCUACGACCCCGAGCGUGGCGUGAAGAUUGUCGGACACAGAGGCUACUGCUUGACCGGCUACGGCCUCUUCCUCAACCUCGCGCUCGUCAACUACGGCCUCGAAUUCCUCUUCAACAAGGGCUACACACCCAACCAGCCGCCCUUCUUCAUGCUCCGCGACCAGAUGGCCAAGACGGCGCAACUCUCCGACUUCGACGAGGAGCUGUACAAGGUCACCGAGAGCAAGGACAAGCCCGAGACAGACAAGUACCUGAUCGCCACCUCUGAGCAGCCCAUCAGCGCUCUGCACUCUGAGGAGUGGCUCGGCACCGCCGAUCUGCCCAUCAAGUACGCCGGAUACUCGACCAACUUCAGGAAGGAGGCUGGCUCGCACGGAAAGGACGCCUGGGGCAUCUUCAGGAUACACCAGUUCGAGAAGGUGGAGCAGUUCAUCAUUACGCACCCCGAGAAGUCGUGGGAGGCGUUUGAGAGCAUGCUUGCUACGUCCGAGGAGUUCUACCAGAGCCUCGGCCUGCCCUACCAGGUCAUCAACAUCGUCAGUGGAGCCUUGAACAACGCAGCGUCCAUGAAGCGCGAUCUUGAGGCCUGGUUCCCCGUCACCGGUGGCGGCGAGUACAAGGAGCUCGUGUCCAUCUCCAACUGCACAGACUACCAGACGCGCGAGCUCGAGAUCCGAUUCGGCGUCAAGAAGCAGACCGCCACACGCAAGGAAUACGUCCACGCUCUGAACGGCACACUCUGCGCCACUGAGCGCACCCUCUGCUGCAUCCUCGAAAACUACCAGACCCCCGAGGGCUUCAACGUGCCCGAGGUCCUGCGCAAAUACAUCCCUGGCCAGCCCGCCUUCCUGCCCUUCGUCAAGGAGUGGAAGCCCAGCAAGGACGAGGUCAAGACCCCGCUGCCCGACCGAACAAAGUGA